UGACUGGUACACCAAUCACACAAGACUUUUGGUUUGUGUGUAUGUUACCAAGACAACCCCCGAGGCUAGGGGAGGGACCUCUGCUACCACAGUAGGUUGUAGGAGUUUGGAACGAAGCGUCUGUGGUUGCAGUUUUCAGGUUACAAAAGAGGACCAUAAUGGCUGGUACAGCAAGACACGACCGAGAAAUGUCUGUAAAUGCCAAAAAGCAACUCUCACAGUGCUCAGACCCUAUUGAGAAACUACGACUGCAGUGCUUAGCACGGGGAUCAUCUGGCAUCAAAGGACUUGGCAGGACUUUCAAGAUAAUGGAUGAUGAUAACAACAGAUCACUUGAUUUCAAAGAGUUCCUGAAAGGGUUAAACGAUUAUGGAGUGAUGAUAGAGAAGGAAGAUGCAAUGGAACUUUUCAGAAAGUUUGACAGAGAUGGAAGCGGAAUGAUAGACUUUGAUGAAUUCCUCAUUACAUUAAGGCCACCAAUGUCCAAUACAAGAAAAGAAGUCAUCAUGCAAGCUUUUCGAAAACUUGACAAGACAGGUGAUGGGGUGAUAACGAUUGAAGACCUGCGAGGAGUUUACAACGCAAAGUAUCACCCCAAAUAUCAAAAUGGAGAGUGGACGGAGGAUCAGGUUUUCAGGACUUUCCUUGAUAGCUUUGAUUCUCCUUAUGAUAAAGAUGGAAAGGACUGCUUGAAAGCUGCUGUGUCUUAUUAUUCCCUGCAUGUUACCAAAGAGGAAUUUAUAAAUUAUUACUCUGGAGUCAGUGCCUCUAUUGACAACGAUGUCUAUUUCAUUGUGAUGAUGAAGAAUGCAUGGAAACUAUGAUUUGAGGUUUACCUGGACUUACAUUUGGGCAGAGAGACAAUUGUAUUCAAUUAAAAAAAAAAAAAAAAAAAAAAAAAAAAAAAAACAGACGUGAUUUACAGCGAAUACUUUUUUUUGGUUUUGUUUUUUUAGAUAUGUUUGAAUGAAUGUUGUUUUCAAACAUGAGUACAGUAAAAAAAAACAAUUACAAUUGGAUAUCUGGACCUGAACAUCACAUUGAUCUUUAUGAAGGAUAUGUUUUAGCAGAACAAACCUGGAGAUGAUAUUCCAUGUGUUCAACAGAUCAUCCCCUUUGUUCUUCCCUUUUGCAAGCUUUUCAGUGUGGAUGAGAGUGCUCACAGUGUGGCUCCAUAAUGAAAUCAGGGUGAAUAAAAGCUAGUCAGGUGCAAGGCAUGUCUUCACACGCUAACAUUCUUUGGUCAUGUUAACAGCAAUUAUAUGCAGAUUAACAGCUCUACUGUGACCAAAGCAUUCCAAGUCCAUGACACAAAAGCUUUGCUCCCUUGGAUAAAAAAACAACAACUUUUUGAGGUACAUUUUUUUUAUUUUUUUUAAUUCAAAUCUGUCCAAUUUGAAAGCAGAUUUUUUAAGAGGCCAUUUAUUUUGGUUCCAGAUCCAUAUCUCUAUUUUCAUGUAGUUUGCUUUCUGGGAAGCACUUAGAAACAAAGCAUAACUCUACUGAUGCUUCAAUUUUUGUCAGUUAUUGGUUAAGUAUAUGGAAAACUACAAAGCGGUACGUUAUUCAAUAUGUUAACGUAACAUUAUUCAGCAGGUUUCAUUCAACUUUAUGAAGCAAAACGAGUUAAUUCUAUAGGGUGAUGCAAAACAUUUGGCCAUAGCUGUAGUUCCUUUCCUAGGUGUUAACUAUUUCUAGCCCUCUUUAUUUUCUUAAUGUGUUUUAUCAGCAUACAGUGGGUGUGGACAGCCUUCACGGAGACACUGAUCCUGUUGUAGUUUUUCUAGCUCUAAAUUUUUCACAUAAUUUGCUAACUCUUGUAUGGCUGGUUUCACAGACCACUACUGCCAUUAAGGACUGCCUAAUGUUACAGUACCUUUGGUGAGCUAGUCCAAGUUACUGAUAGUAAAGGACUGUGAAACCAGCUGAUUACAAACCAUAUACAAGCAACAGAUGAUGUGUCAACACUUUUGCUUAGUGGUUUAACGAGAAAAUGUACAAGAUUUAAGGUUUAUCAUUGAUUGGAGAAAAGGGGUGGACAGCCUUGAUCUUCCAGUGUUUUUGUUAUUUAAACCACGGAUCCUGUUGUAAGCAAUUACUAAUUUCUGUGUACCUAUUAAACCAGUUGAAUAGAAUAGCUUACUUCUGUUGUAGCACUUCGGAAAACUGUUCAUUACAGUACUUCUGCAGGACUGCCUUCAAUUAGCCACGGGAGGAUUCUAUCAUGUUGUGCUAUUGUGUUAGCCUUUCCUUAUCUGGUAGGCUGGGCUUUCUGCCUGCUAGACUCUUCUAGAUGUAAUCACUUUUUAUUGCACAUCCAGCGGCAUACUGUCCUUGGGGGGGUUAUAUAAAGACAAAGAUUUGAUUGAGGUAAAGCCAUGAAUAUAUUUAUUUUAUUUCAGUCCAGUACUCUUUAUGUGGUAGUUUUACCCAAUUAUUAUGCAAUGCAUGGAUAUAAUAGUUGAAUUACAAGAAAACAGUAACAAUCAUGCACAAAUGAGAAAAGAAAACAUGUUUUCUUUCAUAUCUGCAGCAACUUUAUAUUUUUCUUUGUACAGUUUUAGGGUUGUAGUCACAAAAUCAGUGAACAUUUAUGUUUAUAAUUUGACCAAUAACUGUUCUUCAAUUCCUUCAGCCUACAUUGUUUUAAAAAAAAUAAACAAUAAUAAUUGUGUUGUACAGAUGUUAAUAUUUGUUGUGAUGUGCCGACACAAACCUUACAUUAAAGGAGCAGGUUGUUAAUGUA